UUGCGAUCACGAUUAGCAUAACCAAUUGAGUGCUACUGGUUGUCAGACGUCAUCUUAAGCUUUAAAGAUAUCUUAUUACAGAAUAUGGAUUUCUGAUGGAGGAUCCAUUCGGGAACUUUAUAAAUGUUAUAUAUAUAUAUAUAUAUAUAUAUUCGUUCGUGUGUCUCUACUUUGUGUGUGACUUGCAGACAGUAAGGGGCAGAUCAGUCUUUUCCCUCCUUGCUCCUUUAUUUCUUGAUCCUAGUUGGAAUGACCAUUUUAUUGGUCUGCUUCAUUUAGAGGAGAGAGCUCUCCUUAUCUUUCGUUUCACUUACUCUGAUAGAAAAAGAAAAAAAAAAGUCUCUUUCCUCAUUGCCAACACACACACACACAAACACACACACACACACAGAAUGGAAAAAACACCGACGGCGGCCGCUGGUGGUGAUGGCUCAGAACCCCUCCAGUACAAGACAUGGGCCUUGAGGGUGUCUAUCCACUGUGGAGGCUGUAAGAAGAAAGUAAAGAAAGUCCUACAAAGUAUUGAAGGAGUAUAUAAGAUAGAGAUCGACUCGAAAGAACACAGAGUUACAGUAGCAGGAAACAUUGAAGGCGAAACAUUGGUCAAGAAGCUGGUUAAGUCGGGCAAACAUGCAGAAAUUUGGACUGAAAAUCCCGAGAAUGAAUCAACGGACAAUGGAAAUAAAAAGGAAAACCAGCCUGAGAAAGAGGCCGGUGACACUUCGGGUGAUGAUCAGACAGAGGAAAAGGGUAGCGCACCACCAGUUGCCACCGCUCAGGGUGGUGGUGGUGGUGGUGGUGGAGGUGGGGGUAAAAAGAAGAAAAAGAAAAAGAAGAAGGGAAACGCAAACGCAGGUGGUGCACCUGCAGCUGCAACUGCGGGAUCUCCUCCACCUGCCGGAAUUACGGGCCUAAUUCCUGCUGAUCAAAUGAAUCCGAACCCUCCAAGUCAGCAGCACGCCUUCUUUUAUCCACAGUUUUACUACGCUUCUCCAGAAUAUGGGAUGAGUUACAAUACUGCACCACCCAAUGCAAGUAUGACUUCUUCUUCGUAUUAUUCCAUGCCCACACAUUCUUGUACGUAUUCGGACCCACAUUACUACCCGCACGAUCCAAUCUUAGAUAAUAAUCGACGUGAUGAUUAUUACGGUGGAGAUGAAAAUGGUUGCUCGAUCAUGUGACACAAUCUUUACCACAUCAAAUGUUGCUUUGCAUGGGUAAGCAGUAGGUUCUGUUAAUAUAGUGUAAUAACUGCCCAUUGUUGUUUCUUUAUGUUACUCUCAGUCUAAAUCAUAAACCAGCUUUUGAGUAUUUAUAAACUAAACUACUUCAUUUAUGUGUAAUAUAGAGCAUUACGAAAGAUUGGUGUCGGUGAGUAUCAGUAUUAGUUUUUUUC